UCCAAUCCAAUCCCAUAUCUCUUUGAUGGUGUCAAGUAUCCUGCACCACAAGACAACAUACAUACACUAAAUAUGACUGCAUUACCACAUGAAGUGCCAUGAUUACUAAAUUUCUCCCUGCAAAAAAUGAUCAAUAAUGGAGUUUAUGCAGCUUUUAAUUAAUUAGUCGUCGGCAGUACAAUAGGAAAUAAUAUUAUAGAAGAGUGCAGGUCAGUGGAGGAAGAAGACUUGUUCAAGUUUGUGAAUAGUCAGUCUUGCUGCUCCAUGUCAGUAUAAAUAGACCAUGCAAGGAUACCAGCACCCUCACUUCAUGUGUUGGGUGACCGCCACAAGAAAGGUACCAGGGAAGCAGAGAGUAUCUGGUGGCAAUGGGAGAUCAGAACACUGAGCUCUACUUUGUCUUCAUGAACUUUGAUCCAGAGUACGAGAGUCUGCGUGCAGAUCGGUCAAAGGAAGGCGUGGAGGAGCUCGACACUUACCUGAGUCACAAGCAUGACCAGCUACUGGCAAAGCUUCUCCCACCAAACUCCUACAGGAAGAAGUCCUCUCUGGCAAUUGUUGAUGGCUUCUCAGUGGAGAUAACCAAAAAGCAGGCAGCCAUUCUCAGAUCUGCAAACGAGGUGAGGGUGGUUGAGAAGAACCAAGAGCUUGCUUGACUGCAGGAGAUGCGUCUUCAAGCUUGGAAUGAAUAAUACAGUUGACUGUACCAAAUACGAGUGUAGUAAACUCAGUCCAGAGCUGCCAGGAAAUUUCAUGAGACUCUGUUUUUGAAGUCAGGCUCUAUGUGGUUUUCAUAGUUUGACUUUGGAAAGCUUUUAUUUUGUAUGGAAGCCCAAAAAGUCUAACAUGAUUUAAAUAAAAAAAAAACUCAUCUUGUGGCUAAUGUUUUUGAGACUCAGAUCAGAUUAUCUUUUGGAGCAAAGCUAUUGGGAAUAUGAGAGAUGCUUUGACCACUAGCAGUUUACUAAUAACAAAAACUGCACAUUACCUAAACAGCAAUACUGUAAUACCUACAGUUGACUCAAGGCAGUUUACUAGUAGUAUCUGUCCUUUGUACAAUCCUCAGGGAACAAGGGAAGUCAUGUACUCAGCCCUUAAACUCAGUGACCAAUUAAUAAGCAAAUGUCAGAAGCUGGUGUCCAGUUUACUUGCACUGAACUGGUCAUCAAAUAGCUUAUUCCAUCACUUGAGAGAGUAGAUAACUUGCCCAUCACUCGAGUGUUUGAAUAGGUGAUAUAUGAAUUGCACAAGAAGGUGUACAACUACAGAUGAUGAUGCAUUUGUAGUGGUGCAUUAGUCUCAGAAACAGCAGCAAAUGCUCAGUGGUCAGAUAUCCAGAUAAAAGUAUCUGCAGUGCACACACACAAGAUGAUCCUUAUGGUUGACCAAUAUGCAUCAUGCAGUAGUUGCUAAUUGUAAACCAACAAUGCUGGCAAUGCAAAGAUGCCAUGAGUACACUUUCCAUAAGUUCAAGCAGAGUUAGCAAGAUAAGCAAGUUUAAUAAUCUCAUCCCUGGAUGUGAUUCUCUGGAAUAAACCAAACCGAAACAGUGCAAGUGUAAACAGCCUUGCCAGUUUCAUCAUUCAUCCACUUGCAACCCAGAGAGAAGAAAGUCAACCACUAGCAAUGAGCUGAUGACACUGGACUAAGUAUUGGGUAGUUCUACUACUAAAUAACUUGGGAAGAUCAGAUACUUUUAUUGUUUGCCCAGUUUGUCCAUGCAUAGUAGUAAACAGUAGUCACCAAUAAGCUGGGGUCUCCUGGUGUUUGAGAGUCCCCACUGCCCUGAAGGGAGACACAAGUUAAGAGUCCCUUGUAGACUGUGAAAGACAAUGGAGAUACUAUUGAUCUGGAUGACAUGAUCUUACAUGUAAGAUUCCAGGUUUUUGUUCUAGCACAUUCUUCAGUACAAGUUUUUCACCAAUGAAAAUAUGUUGGUUCUCUGACUACAGUUGAUAACAGUAAAUUUCUCAUAUAAGAUGAUGAAAGAAAUAUGUGGCAAAAUAAAGUGAAAAAAAGACUAGUGGUUAACUGGUUAUUGCCAAGACAGUGGGAAGCAAACCCUGCUACAUUGGUAUCACAAUCAUUAUGAAUAUAGCUACAUGAACCAGCAGUCUAGAAACAGGAAUGGAUCUGUAUCAGAGACCACUAGGAGCUAAGAGUUGAAUAAGCGUGUGGGGCUAUACAAAUAUGUAUAUCUCUGGACGUGUUAGAUGAAACAUAGUCAUAUCUGUAGCAUGCACAUAGGAUGUGUCAAAAUUUUACUGGGCAUGAAAGUUGAAAUCAUGAUACUACAUUGAAAAAUUUCUUCUAAAGAAAGCUCAUUGGGUUUGUUAAGAAAAUACAAACACCAAGGAUAAGAAGACA